AUGAAUGCCCCUGAUAGGUUCGAACUCUUCGUGCUGCCUGAAGGCGCAAAGAAGAUAUCAAUGACAAAGGACACAAGAAUACCAAAUGCUUGUUUGUUCACUAUAUUAAAGGAGGAUCACACUGUUGGCAACCUCAUUAGAAUGCAGUUGGUCGGUGACCCUGACGUCAAGUUUGCAGGCUAUAAGAUGCCACAUCCACUAGAGCAUAACAUUCACAUUAAGAUACAGACUUAUCCACACUCAACACCAAUCCAAGCACUUGAAGGUUCAAUACACUGUUUGAUCGAUGAGUAUCAGAACAUAGAGAAGCAGUUCAUGAAUCAACUUAGCAAGAAGAAGAAUACUGUUGAUAUGUACCAAUAG